AAGUGAAGACCGUACGGGUUUUUAUCCACUAACGAAAGUCUCUCGUUUCACACUGAUCCUAGUUCCUUUAUCAAGGGGCCAUCAUCAUAAGCAGAUUUUCGAAAUCAGAGAUCAGAGAUGAAAUUUGAAGGAUCGCAAACGCUCUUACCGGUGAGAAAACCUGCAAACGGCGGUUCAGACCGCAAACGCGCUGGUUACAAGCUGUGGGUUUUAGUAGCGGUUCUUCUCUUGGCGUUAGGUUCUAUGUUAACCGGUUCCGUCACUCUCAAAGGACUCGGUCUGUUUCAUUCCGUUGAAGGCAAGUUCGGAUUCCACGUCAGCCACGAUCUCGACGUUUUGGAAAUUGAGGAGAGAGAGAAAGUGGUGAAGCAUAUGUGGGAUGUGUACGGACGAUCCGGUGGAGUUAGGGUUCCUCAGUUCUGGCGAGAGGCUUUCGAGGCGGCGUAUGAGUUCCUGGUCAGUGAUUCCGCCGCCGUUCGAAACGGGGCUAUUUCCGAUAUAGCUAAACUGUCUCUCAUGCGCUCUCUUAAGUCCGACUCUACAGCGGCCCAGCCCAAUCGUCGUUGAGUUGUGAAGACGAAAGCCCACGAGAAUAGCAUGAGAUUCUCUUGUUUGUAUAUAGAAAUCAAAUAAAUGAAAAUGCGUAAAUAGCGUUUUCAUUGAAGUAUUGUUGUCUGAAAACAAUUAUGUAGCAACCAAAUUGUUGUCUAUGUAUUACAAAUUUACAAGCAAUCUAUUUUCAAAUCUGUUCCAAA